AUGGAGGUUCAAGGUGGUUUGACAGUUAUUCUUACGGAUCCGGAUGCGCCGUCGAGGAAGGAUGAUGGUUUGUCGGAGAUGUGUCAUUGGAUUGCGAGGGUGCCUGAGGUGGUUAUUACGCCGCGGGGUGUGAGGGUGUGGGUUAAUGCGUCGGAUUUGGUGGGGGUUGUUGAUUAUAAAGCACCAGCGCCACCUAAAAGAACAGGUAAACAUCGCUAUGUAUUCGUGCUUUUGGAGGGAGAAAAUACGGAUUUAAAAGCCCCCGAGGAGAGAAAACAUUGGGGGUUUGAAGAGCCGGGAAGUGGUGUGAGGGAGUGGGCGGAGAAGGUAAAUUUGACGGUUUUGGGGGCGAAUUUUCUUUAUGAGAAAUAUCAUCGUGAGGAGAUGAAGGAGGGAUGA